AAAUGCAGACGGGGGUCAGGAAUUGGUUUGCAGCAGUCGGCGCAGAAACAUAAACACAAGAAAAAUGCCUAAGGUUUGAGUUUUUUACGGUUUACCGACCAAACAGAGAGAAGUCGACACAUUUGUAUCGUGCCCCAAUGGACAAUGACAAGGGAGAAAUGCAAAAAACUCUCUGAAAAACGAGGAAACAGUGGAUAUAAAACCUUUUUCUUCCUGUUUAUGGUCAGGAAGAGUGGAGUCGGAUUAUGCCCGUGUGUGUGGUGACCACUUUGUCCAAGGACUGGAGCGCAGAGAUGAUUCCACGCUCGCUGGAGAUGAAAUGGAUGCAAGAUGAGACAAUUAAAGCUGUCACACAGUUCAGAGUGUGACUGCUGUCAUCUCUGCGGAGGAACAACAGGCUGUGUGACAAAGGCUCCUCCGACUCUGCCCAGGGGACCCCAAAUGUCGAGGGAAGGGAUGGAAGAGAGCUAUGAGACAUUUGAGGAGGAGUUAUGGCCACCAAGAGCAGAUCCUCCUCCACAGAAGCCUGUUCGACAGAUCCGCAGACCAGAAAUGUUCUCUACAAGGAAAGUAAGAGAGGAAAUGGUUCCACAGCAACCAAAAGCAGAACCCAAGACUUUACCAAGAGAACCCAGCAUACCCAUAACAACAACCUUGCCUAAAGCUGUAUCCAUCCAAAACCUGAGCCAAAUUGACACACCAUGGCAAAAUGUCACCCUCAACCGCUGUCUGUUUGUGGCCAUCACCAUCCUGGUGCUCACCUCAGGCUUUCAGAAGCUUCAUGAAACUAUGAGGGGUCAGGGGACAGCAGAGGAGGAAGAGGAAACUGUAUUGGCAGUGAGACGGCCAGGUGCAUUACGGCACAGAGGACAACCUCCAGAGCCUGAGACAACACUAUGGGAAGUCAUGUUCUCGUGGCUGCCAGACCUUGAUGACGAAGAUGAGGAGGAGGAGGAGGAAGAUGACGCUGACAGUGGAGAAGUUAAAAAUGUAAAGUCAAAAACUCGAUCUGCAAAGGGUCUCAGAAACAAGCCACUACCAGACAAAAAACUCAUGAAGCAAAGAGAGGGGAAAUUAAAGGUCAGGAGAGCAAAGAAGACCGGAGAUGAAGAAACCAAAGAAAAGAAGGAAAGAGAUAAAACAGACGAACCUGAUGAAGAAGCAGAUGAUGAAGAUGUAGAGGAAGAAGAGGAAGCAGUGCCCAAGAAGCCUACAAAGAAAGACAAGAAGAAAACUCAAAAAGGAUGAGUUCAUUCUUCCUUCUGUGUACAACACUGACUGAGUCACUUCUUUUCUUAAUAUUUGACCACUGAAUUAAUUAAAUAACAUUCACAAAUUUGGUCAAAUUUAACAUAGAUUCUCCUGCUUAUAACACCGCCUGCUUAAGAAUAGCGUACAAUAUCCUUCCAGUUUAAAAUUUACUUUCAAUUUGCUUCACCUUAUUGAUUUUUUGCCUGACAGAUUGGCUUUUGGAAAAGAUUUGAGUUUCCAAUCAAGACAUACAGGAUAUUGUUUAAUUGCUUUUGUGUGCUCCCCAGUGUAAUCAUUUGAUUACUUGGGUGUUGAAGAUUCCACAGCUACAACACAAAAUCCUCUUAGUUCUCGGAACUGUAUGUUAAGAGAAAGCACUGAACUUGGUAAACUAAAGAUCAACACUAGGCAGUUAUCAAGUAAACCAUUAAGCUCCUGCUGUAUCAUCUAAGAGCUGCUUCUGAGAAUCCAGUUCUUCUUUCUGGCAUAACCUACUUGAUCAUAAACAUCUGUUGCUUUGUUGAUAAAGAGAUGCAUCAAUAAAUCAAAGAGUAUGUGAUGUUUUUGAAAAAUACAGAUUUAGAGUCU